AAGUUUGAGCUAUAGUACAAUCUUUCCGGCCCAUAGUUACCGAAGGAGGAUGCGCUACACACUGUAUUCAGUUGGAAAUAACAGAUGACAGCGUUUUUUGUUAGCAGUAACUGUCAUUCGGUUUCACCUGCUUUUAUUCUAUACAACGUUUAAUGCGUCGGAACUGUUUUAGUACUUCGUGUUUCACUUCUGCAGUUGCGUGAGACAUGACUUUCCGUCAAUAUUGUUGUUCGUCCAAUCUUUCAAAUUGACAAUGUUUGUUGUAUUUCAAUGAAAUAUAUGCCAACAACACCGAAGUGAACCGUGUGCAGAUACUUCGACCACGCUUUUCUGUCCUCGAACGUGAGUUGUGAUCUGUCAAAAAGUCCCAAAAGUGUUACAUUGCACCCGGGUAUGUUAACAGAACAUGUUUUCGAUCGACGACGAAUGCUGAAGGAAUGGAAGAAGAGGAAAGUUGUGAAGAUAUCUGUUGAAACCGGCAGUAUUCUCAGUCACCGAAAUGAGGUCUCCGAGAAAAUUUAAACACUUUUGCAACCUGACAUCCUGGAUAUCGUACACAAACUGCAUGCAAGAAUUGAAUGUUGCACGAUGCAUACUUUGUAGCUUUCCUGCUUGAACGUUGUUACGACAGUUUCUUCAGAGCUCAAACUCUUGUUUGUGUCGUUAAAGAUGAUGUGACGACAAAUUGCCAUGCGCAAAAAUCAAUUCUUUGCAUUUGUGUUUGUGUCCUUUUGUUUGUGGACUGUAGUGACAUAUUAUCUGUUCCAACACCGACCUCUCGGAACGCGCUUCCCAGAUAAGGCAUCUGUUGUAGAGGACCCUUUAGCAAGACUGGAAAAAAAGUUGAAGGAACAUUUAAAAGCCAACAAAAACUUAUUCAGAGAAAUACAGGAAUUUGUUUUUAAGGAAGCUGCAAACAACCACAUUGGAGAAAACUCACUUGUUGGGAAUGAAGCUCAGAAUGAAGUCCUGGGAAGUCGACAGAAGAAUAGCAAGGUUGAACAGUUGAAAGAUAUUGCGCAACAGAAACUACCAAAUGGUGGCCCUGUCAUUGCUAUAGUUGUGUUUGCAUGCAAUCGUAUUACCGUCAGCAAGUGUAUUGAUCAGUUGGUGCGUUACCGUCCAUCACGCCAUCAGUUUCCUAUCAUUGUGAGCCAAGAUUGUCACCAUAAAGCCACAGCUGAUGUUAUUGAUUCAUAUAGCAAUGAAGUUUUUCAUAUAGAGCAACCUGAUCAGUCGGAGAUUGAAGUACCUCCAAAGGAGAAAAAGUUUCGAGGUUAUUUCAACAUAGCACGGCAUUACGGCUGGGCACUAAACGAAACAUUUUUCAGAUUUGGGUUCAACACAGUCAUCAUUGUGGAAGAUGAUCUCGAUGUUGCUCCAGAUUUUUUUGAGUAUUUCUUGGGUACUUACUCACUUUUGCACAUGGAUCCUACCUUGUGGUGUGUGUCAGCCUGGAAUGACAAUGGAAAGGCCGGUCUUGUAAAUGAAUCUGCCCCUGAUCUCUUGUACCGUACAGACUUCUUCCCAGGUCUGGGAUGGAUGUUGACCAAAGAACUGUGGAAAGAACUGGCUCCAAAAUGGCCACUGUCUUACUGGGAUGACUGGGUCAGGCAACCUGAUCAGCGAAGAAACAGGGCCUGUAUUCGGCCAGAAAUAUCUCGAACGAGGACAUUUGGCAAAGUUGGAGUUAGCAAUGGCCACUUCUAUGAAAAACAUUUGAAAUACAUUAAACUUAAUGAAAAGUUUGUGCCUUUUACUAAGAUGAAUUUGAACUACCUCUUAAAGGAUAAUUAUGAUGUCCAGUUUGUAAAGGAAGUGUAUGGCAGCCCAGUUGUAACUUAUCAAGAACUAAAGAAUGGGCCCAUAGUACAUGAUGGACCAGUACGAAUACCAUAUUACACGAAGGAUAGUUACAAGAGGACAGCAAAAUUACUCGGAUUAAUGGAUGAUUUUAGAAGUGGUGUCCCACGUACUGGAUAUCGUGGUGUUGUGAGCUUCAUGUACAAAGGCAGGAGAGUAUAUUUAGCACCAAAUGCCAACUGGAAAAGUUACGAUCCAACGUGGAGCUAGCAUAGGGGAGAUUAGGUGGCUGGUUUAUAGAGAAAAUUAUGGUCGACAAUGAAGUCCACCUCCAGGUCCUGACGUGACUUCUCAGAGCUGAUGCUGUUUCUUCUGAGAAUUAUACUAUGGUGGUGAUCUGCUUGCAGGCAGUAGAUGAAGAAUGUUGAACAGAGCCUAAAUGAUUGUUUUGUAAAUUUAAAAGCAAUGUGGUGGGGAGACAAGUAAAUAAAUAAUUAAAAAAUGGCAUGUGGUUCAUGCUUUGUGGAGCUAAAAGCUUGUGAUAUGUAAUGUGAAAUUGUCCCUCAGACCAUAUAGGUGCUGUCAUUCUCUCUAUUAAACCAGUCUGUGUUUUGCAGAACAAGCUGUUUUCAGAAUCUGGUUAUUCCUAGGUCCUGUGGGUUGCUAUUUAUGUAUGAGUUUUGUAAUUAUGGAAUUUCAGUGAUACACUACUUAGGUACAUCAUUAACCUGCCAUUUUGCUUUAGUGGGGUAGCUUAUGUUCUAAUAGAAAAUUUGUGUGACAAUAGUAGAGUCAUCUGUACUUACAUUAAAUUUGAAUUUACUAUGAAGUAAGGGAGAGAAACGGGGUGGGCAGGGAGAUUGCGAAAGGUUUUAGCAAAGUGUGUUAAUAUUUUAAAAUAGAUUGUAAGUAUUUUGGCAUUGAGUUUUUUUUUUUAAUUCACUUAUGUAACUUUUGCAGAAGUAUUUAAUGAUGUGUCAUUUGACAAAAUUGAUGUCUGAGUUAAAGCUUUCUUUCUGCAAGUCAAAAAUCGAUUUUGGCAUUUUGUGUUUAACUGUAACCAUAACCUCAGUUUCUGAUUUCGAGAAUCUGAUGUGCUUCUUCAUGAUAAAUAAUGUGAAACUUUUUUUUAAUAGCCUUUGAUGUCCACCAGAAAACUGACUAAAACUCUUUGCCAUAUACUGCAUUUAAAAUCUACUGAUGUACGUGUCAUAUUACCUUUGCUGCAUGAGAGGCUGCUGGUCAGCUCUAUAAUCUGAUCUAUGUAUGUGAAAAUACAACAUGUAAAUGUCAUCUCUUAUACUGAGUGAUUCCAUGAAAUGAUCUAACAAACUAAUUUAUCUUUUUCAGUUUGUGCUGUAAUUUACAAUGUAGCUUUUUUAGGGGUAUUUGAGUACAAAAGAUAACCAUACAGUCUCACUUUCUGGAUAUAAACUUUACCUAUCGGUAUGGCUUGCUAAAUAUGUAAAUCAGUAUAAUUAUCCUUCGAUGAAACCACACCACAUGUAUUUUAGAAUAUAUUAGACGCUCCUUCUGUUCGCCUUCCCUCCUUCUUACCCUCGCACUCCCUCCCCCCCCCCUCCCUCCUCCAUAUCUCACUGUAAUUCAUACUGGCCCCCUGCCUCCUCUCCUUCGUGUCUCCAUUCCACUCUUGUUGCUGCUUAAUUCCUUCAAGUCUCCCUGUUCUUUUUCACAUUUCAUAUAUGUAGAAGACCAAAACAGUCAAUAGACCAGUUAGGCUGCACUGCAGUUUUUGGUCUUUAUUUUUUCGCAAGCUUUGGGACUAAUUUGAGUAGUGCUAUUAAUGUGGGUCAUACAGGAAACCUGUGCAUUACAUUAAAGUAUCAUACUUCUUAAUGAACACUGCUACAGGGAUAUUCAAACUUUGAUGUAAAAUGUGUAAUCCACUAAAGGCCUUUUGAUUGGGUGUCAGUUUACCUAGGAAUUGUAAAUAUUUUAAAUUAAUGUCCGCACAUAAAGAGAAGCAAAACAGUCUUUGUUUGCUAUUAUUCUGGAUAGUUACAGAAGUUCUGCUUGUUGUCAGAGGUACAAAGGUGUCAUAGUAAUGUUUCUAAAUGCAUCUGCCAAUUGGAACAGUUACUUGCUGAAAGGGUCCUCUCAAAAUUAAAACAGAACAUUUUGAGCAGAGUUAUUUUCUACUACAUGAUGGUGUUGUACAGGAAUCCUUGCUUUCCUUCAUUUGGCAGGAGGAAAUGUACAAUGUGAUAAGAAUGUGAAGGAGAAGAAGAGAAAGGAAAUGUCACAUAUUUCGGCACACGUUUCAUGUACUAGUAAGCAUUCAGACUGGGUCGCUGAGUGCGUGAUGACAUCAUUACACACACACACACACACACACACACACACACACACACACACACACAUACAUACACACUAAAACUUGAUGUAAAGAAAUUGAAUUGAAAACUUUAUUUGGCAAGAGAGACAACAAAUCUCAUUUGUAUAUGGAGUGUAAUGAUAAAGGUAAUAACUAUAGUUCCAGUGGCAACACAUCAGUUCUAGAAUGCGUAGUGGUGCACACAACAGGAGAUUGAUAGAUUCCUUGGUGAUUUUUUUUACAGAUCUGACAGAGGCAUCAUUAAUACAAUAGGAACUCUGUAGCUGAAUAAAGAUAGUGGCAAACUAUAUCUCUCAAUGUAAGGAAUGAGACCUUAAAUGAAUCACAUUCUAAAUGUUUAGCUGUGUUGUAGUUUGAACAGAAACAGUAUGUCCCAUACUGAUUUUUGUAGUGCCACUGAGAAUUCUUCCCUUCGUCAAUGAUGUAAUUUUUUGUUGUCAUUUUCCACUCUUGAGCACUUUUUUUUUUUUUCGUUGUGGCUAACAAGACUGACAUGAAGAACUAACCAAAGCUCAUUUCAGACACAGAGAAAAUUAUUAAAACUAACAAGAAAUAGCAGCAGACUGUUCAAAGUAAAUGUCAAUUAAUAGAAAUUGCAGGAGCAAAUGUUGAAAAAUAUGUUCACUACGCUCACUAAGAGAUGGCAGCUUGGAAAGGCACGGAAAACGAUGGGAGAGACUGUGUUAAUUGUUGGGUAAAAUUGUCACAAAAGUGCAGCAAAGGGUAAUAUGCAAACUUCAUAGUAAUUCAUUUGUUACCUGUCUUGUGGUUUAAGUAUACUUAAUGGUACAACAUUAUAUGUUUGUUUGUUUGGUUUGGUGCAAUAUAGUAGUUGAUAAGCUAUUAUUUUUCAGGUAGUUAUACCUUUAAAUUUAAAAUUAGCUACAGAAAACUUCCAUGACGUUAUCCUUUUAUGGAUGAAAAAGGAAACAUUUUUAUUUCAUCUGUGUUACCAAGUGCGGGCUGAAUAUUUGCACUGUUAAACAUCACUUUCAGUUUUUAAGAAAAUGUAUGUCGCACCUAGAGAAAUAAGCUUAUCACUUUUUGACUGUGACCACCCAUGUUCAUUAAUUUGGUAGUGGUACUGUGCACAACACGUGGUGUUACAGUUCCUUAUUGUGUAAUAUAAUUUUUGCGUUGCAUAUCAAAAUCAUUCCUAGCCAUGUAUGCACACACAUGAUGGUGAGACAUUAUUCCAUUUUAAGCUCAGAAGUUGUCUUCUCUUAUGUUUACUUUUAUUCCCCUGUACUAAUAUUGAAUGUGUAUCACAUCAUUGUGUGUGCUCUCAUGUUCUGGUCAUAGUAGUGCAUUUACAGCUACUUUGUUCAUCUUGACAAUAGGUCUAGUGAAAACUGGUAAAACAUAAGACUGGUCUGUUCAGUAGCAGUACUUUGCAAAAUGAAGACUUUAUUAAAUUGUUAUUGGUUAUUAUUUUUGUGUCUGAAUUUGCAGUUGUGCUAUAGGUGGUUGGUUUGUGUGUGUGUGUGUGUGUGUGUGUGUGUGUGUGUGUUUCCAUGAAAACUGUGCAAAUAUGUUAUAAAUAUUGGGUUAUAUGCUAUUAUAUUAUGAACGGUGAAUUAUGGCUCAUUAAUAACAUGCUGAAAGAAAACACAGGAAGAAAAGAAAAUUGCAGCAAACAUCACACAUAAAGUUUCCUAAUUCAUUCAGAUUUUAAAUAUUGUUGCUGAAAGAAAGCAGCUUAAAGAAUCACGGAACACACAAUUGUUGAGGUUCAUUUACCAUCCUUAUAAUCUGCCCACUGUAAAUUGCUCCUUCCUCUCUUUCCUUCUAAUGACAUGAUCUUUUUCAGGUUAUCUGUUUGUUACAAUUGCUUAUGGGUGUUCCUGGAAUGGUUUGUUACCUUUUACAUCACUCCUUGUUAAUUACCUAAUUUUAUAAAUGACAGAUAAAUCUCUGUGUUCCGUGUCACCAUCUCUUUAUAUAUUCUCUUUUUGGCAUUCAGAUGUCCAUCACAAAAAUGGACAUUGUUAAUACUGCAGUAAUUGAGCUACUUUCACCUCUUUCUCCUCUCUGCCAGUUCUUAAUGACAAAAAUUGUGUUGCUAGGCAUUAGUAAAUAUAUUGUUUGUUUACCAUCCAUAUAUCACCAUUUAGUAUUGGAAAUGCAAAGUACUCUUACAAUAACUUUUAGAGCUUCUUUAACAUCUCAUGUAAUUGACGUUUAUGGAGAAUAUUCUGAUGAUCAUCAGUGGUAUUCAGUACUUUUUUUCCAUACUGAUCGAGGAAUAUCUUUGUAGAUCUUCAUUUGUCAUUUUAUAAUUUGUACGCUUGUCCAGUAUUUUUGGAAAUUGUCAUUUUCUUGGAAAAGUGGACCACUAGUGUGAAGAAUUGUAUGUGUGUACUAUGAUUCAGGUCACCACCUUUAAACUUUGGAUCAAGUGUUGCAUUAAAAUUUGAUACUAGGUAAUAGCCAGUGCUAUUGGUCAUAGCCACCACUGUAUUUGUGAAACAUUAUUUCAGUCAUGUUUAUUAACAAUCUUUCUUGCUACAAGAACAGCAGAGCUAUGUUUCUUGAAUGAUAGUUCCUUGUGAAGUUUUCUGUUACCAGCAAUGUCAUCAGACAGGUGUCUGCUGUUUGUAUGUUUAGCAAGUGCAAAACUUCCAAAACAAGAGUAUAAAUUCUUGUGUGACAUAUCAUUUUCACAGCUGCUAUAAUGAAUUUCUUGUUGGUUAUCAUUGCAUAAAUUUAUUUUUCUAAAAAUUGUUAUUGUAAAUAAAAUGAAUACAUUAACUAUCGAAAACCUUAUAUAAAUAGGUUACUGAUGAUCUCAUGUUGCUUGCUGAGUUUUUGUUAUGUUAUCCUUUUCAUUAAGUAAUUAUUGUUUCCCUUUGAUUAACGGCUCAGAUAUUUAAUUGUUGGUUUAAAAUUGUGUGUAAGUUUACCCAGUCAAAUUUAUAACAAUGUAUUGUGUUUACAUAAUUCUUCAUUGUUUUUUUGUGUGUGAUUUGUUUUUGUAAUGUGUGAGAGAGAUCCUGCAUAUAAAGAAAGAAAUGCUGCAGUUAUGAAAAGCAAUAUUUAGGUAACUUCUGCUAUGUUAUUAUUUGAUGAUCAUAUUUACGUUAUGUUAAAGAUAAAAACAAGAUAAUUAAAAUUAUCUUGUUCAGCUCCAGGAAAUAAAAUGUUGGAGGAGCUACAAAGCUUGUAGAAUUUUAAGGUGAAGCAGUGUUUCUUUUACCUUUUUUCCAUAAUUUUGUGGGGAAGGAACAUUAUAUUUAUUACCAUAACAGUAAAUGCUGUGGGCCAUUGUACAAGUCACUUGUCAUUAAUCCAAGGCACUAAACUUAAGAAUCUUUACUGCAGUGAUCACUGUGUGUGUGUUUGGAGAAACUACAUUUGUGAAUGAAUUAGUCGGACGAUAUAUCCGCUGUGUGUGAAGUGAAUCAGAAAUAAAACAGUUCAUGAUAA